GGGGCAUAGACACAGAGCGGCGUCGCGUCACGCGUGCCACCUGAUCGGCGGCAGCCGCAGGCCGCCGUCCCGUCGGGUCAUAAAUAAAAGGGCAGCCAGGCUAGCUGCUCCUCCGCUGCGCUGCCUGCCCCGGAGUAGAAAGAAACCGCCAUCGUCUCCCGGACUACUCACCUCGAUCCCCCCCUGCCCCGCCGCGAGGCUAGCCGCGCUCCGCCCCCAAAACCCUAGCUCCUCCCCCGCCCCGCCCGCCGGUGCUCCGCCGCCGCGCGAGCAGGGCCUCCGCCGAUCCCCAACCACCGCGCGCACCGCCCCACCCAACCUCCGCUCCUGCAAUAAAUCUCCCCACCACCAACCUCCGCGGCGGCGGCACCGACGCCACCGCGCCGCUCACCCCCGCGGCGCGGCCUCGACGAACAGCUCACCCGCUCCCCCAUGGACGGGUCCAAGGCCCCGAGCGCGGCGGAGGAGGCGGGGGACGGGUCCCAGGGGGGCGCUCGCGGGGACACGAGCAAGUCGCCCGCUGCCCAGGACGGCGGCUCCAGCUCCGGCGCCGGGUCCUCGAGGGUGCCCGCCGCCUACGGCUCCUACGACAAGUCGCCGGGGGCCAAGCCCAGGGUCACCUUCCACGAUCCCACCAUCCCGCGCCCGCAGGAUCAGUACAAGAUCAUGGUCAACAACCACAGCGUGCCCUUCGAUCAUGUCUGGCUAGACCAAACCGAGGACGGCAGGCCUAUCCACCCCUUGGAAAAACUAAAUGCGGAACAGUUUAUUGACAGAAAUGCUCCUGAAAGUGAACCAGUAAGGCCAGCUGAUGUAGAGGAUACCCCGUUUACGCUAGUAGAAGACCAGAAAGGCUUGACAGCAUUAGUUAACAAGUUGAAGGAUGUAAAUGAAUUUGCUGUCGAUUUGGAGCAUAAUCAGUAUAGAUCAUUUCAGGGUUUGACCUGCUUGAUGCAAAUUUCAACAAGAACAGAGGACUUCAUUAUUGAUACCCUUAAGCUACGCAUAAUAAUCGGUCCCUACUUGACAGAACAUUUUAAAGAUCCAACCAAGAGAAAGAUAAUGCACGGGGCAGAUCGUGAUAUAAUGUGGCUCCAACGGGACUUCCGACUAUAUGUGUGCAAUCUUUUUGACACAGGACAGGCUUCAAGGGUCUUAGAGAUGGAGCGAAACAGCCUAGAAUACCUAUUGCGUCACUUUUGUGGAGUCACAGCAAAUAAAGCAUAUCAAAAUGCAGAUUGGAGGUUAAGGCCACUCUCUGCUGAAAUGAUCAAGUAUGCUAGAGAAGAUACACACUUUCUGUUCUAUAUAUAUGACUUGAUGAGACUUAGACUACAACAGGAGUCUACAUCUGAACGGGAUCUUCUUCUAGAGGUUCAAGAGCGCAGUAAUGAAAUUUGCUCACAGUUGUAUGAAAAGGAGCAGCUGACAGAUAAAUCUUAUCUCCACAUAUACGGGUUGCAGGAUCAUGAAUUGAAUGCAAAGCAGCUGGCUGUUGUUUCUGCUCUAUAUGAAUGGAGAGAUUUCGUAGCUCGUGAACAAGAUGAGAGCACUGGUUAUGUAUUGCCAAACAAGGCUUUGAUUGAGAUAGCAAAGAAUAUGCCUACAACUGCUGAAGAUUUGCGAAGAAUCGUGAAAUCAAAAUAUCCAGUUGUUGAUGCUAAUUUCAAUCUAAUUUUGGAAAUCGUAUGGGAUGCAACUGAAAAUUCUAAUGCCUUUGAAGCAAUAGCUGAGCAAUUAAAGAAGGUCCAGCUUGGGCAGUUAGACUUGAAUAAUAUACUGGACACUGGUGAAGUUAUUGAAAUGGCUCCUAGGGGUGCUGAUAAUGUUAGGAUCAGUCUUGAUUCAGCUGAUCAAUAUUCCGUAGCUCCUUCAUCGACUGCAAAUAUCAGAGUUACUUCUAACAGUAUGGAUAAUGUUAGGAUCAGUUUUGAUUCAGCUGAUCAAUAUUCUGUAGCUCCUUCAUCGACUGCAAAUAUCAGAGUUACUUCUAACAGUACGGAUAAUGUUAGGAUCAGUCUCGAUUCAGCUGAUCAAUAUUCUGUAGCUCCUUCAUCAACUGCAAAUAUCAGAGUUACUUCUAACAGUACGGAUAGUUUUACUACUGAUGCUACUUUGACUGGUAGCAUGUGGCUACACGACAAGAAGAAAACCAUACCAUCAUCUGAAAUUAAGACCUCCAGGACCCUAUCAGGCCUGAGUAGACCAUUUAGUAAGGAAGCGAUGAGCAAUAAUAAGCAAGAGACUUUUGGAGCUCUGGUAGCCGAUCCAAUACCUGUCAUGCAGACACCUGUCAUGCAGACACCUAUCAUGCAGACAGGUUACUUUGGAGGAUAUUCAAAUGAGCAGGCUCAAAGCGAUGUUGAGUCUUCAGCUUAUUACUACACCCAGUUUCCAGAAUAUAGCAGUUCUGGUGGGUGGAGCCCUCAGGAGCUUCAGGGCAUACCGACCUCUGGGUAUCAUGAUGGUUGUUAUUACGGCCAUCAACCAUCGAUAAACCAAAGCAGUACAGGAACAGGUCAGCCUGCUGCUAGAAAUAAUGCAGGGGGUUUCCAGGACUGGAGGAAGCAACAGUCUUCACCUCAUCCGUGGCAACCCAAGUGAUACUGCUCCGCCUAUAACUGUGGCACAUAAAACCCCGCUGAUUCAUCCUGUUGUGCAGAAAGUAGUUAUAGAAAAAGAGAUUAGAAAACUGAGCCGGUUGGUUUUCGGGACUAACAGAAAUGCGAGAAUAGCCUGUAACAUUUGAGUCGUUGACUGUAUGUAGAUGCAGGACAUGGAAGCUGUCAUCUGAACUGUGUCUGUAUGUAACAACUGAGACAUGGUGUGGUGUGCCAUGGUGGAUACUGAACUUGCACAGGUGGUAUACUGUAAAACUGGUACAGAUAGCAGAGGCUAAAGAGGAAACCAAAACUUUAGAUACCA